AUGCGGCGCGGUCUCGUUAUCUUCCUUCUCGUCAACCUCAUCAUCCUCUCCUUGCUCGUCCGGAGUGUCUCGACCCUACUGGCACUACUAGUCGAGGAUGCCGCGGCCGACGCCAUCCACCGCGCGGAGCUGCCCUCGCCAAAUUCCAGCCUGAUCGAGCAUCGCCCCCAGAUCAUUCCAAAGAUCAUUCACCAAACAUACAAGAAUGAGACCAUCCCAGAGGUCUGGGUAGGAGCUCAGCAGAGUUGCAUUGACUUGCACCCGGACUAUGAAUAUAUUCUCUGGACAAACGAAAAGUCGCGAGAGUUCAUUGCCGCCGAAUACCCCUGGUUCUUGGACACAUUCGAUGGCUACAGUUACCCUAUUCAACGCGCCGAUACUAUCCGAUACUUCAUUCUCGCGCACUACGGUGGAACAUACAUUGACCUGGACGACGGCUGCAACCGUCGCUUGGAUCCUCUCCUGGCUUAUCCCGCCUGGGUACGCCGUACGGCCCCAACCGGUAUCUCCAAUGAUGCCAUGGGCUCAGUACCCCAGCACCCAUUCUUCCUCCGUACCAUCGAAGAGCUGCAAAAGUACGAUCGUCACUGGCUCCUCCCCUACAUCACGGUCAUGUACUCAACCGGACCGUUGUUCUUGUCGGUCAUCUGGAAAGAGUACAUGCGCGAUGGGCCGAGCGAAGCUGGGCGCGUGCGCAUCCUCAUGCAGGAUGAGUACAACAAAUUCUCUUGGAGCUUCUUCACCCACCACCGGGGUAACAGCUGGCACGGCAAGGAUGCGCAUCUGAUCUUCUGGAUGGGUGAACACUGGGUCUUCCUCACUAUCUGCGGCUUCCUCCUUGCUGGAAUCGUCGGGUUCUGCCUCUGGUGGAGCUACGGACGUGUCAUGCUCCUAGGAGCCAAGUACCGCUACCGCUACUCCAAAGUAUCAGGCAUCCCACCGCGACUCUCGACGUCGCCAACACGCCGCUCGCGACUUUCAGUCCCGACCCUCCUGCGACGGGUCAGCUUCAAAGAAGACGAAGAGUCCGGCGGGGUCACAGAGACCUCGUACGAACUCGAACGUCGCGAUGACUAG